CAGGACGCGUUUUAAAUUCAAACUCAACAAGCUUCCAAUGAACGCAUUGCGGUUUUCGUGGAAAUUCUGCAAAUUGAAAUUUGCCUAUUAAUUGUGUAAAUACAUAAGCGAAAGCAGCAGCAGACGCAGCGUUUACACAGCGCGUAUUCCAUAUCAAGCGCGUCCAUUAAUUGUUCUCUGUUUUGGGGCUGCGGCAUACCGAAAGUGGCGCAGACCGAGUAUAUAAAUUGCUCACAGUGCCGUCUACAAGAUUCUUUGACACGCCAACGGUAACAUAAUUAUCAGCACGCUGGAGAAACAAAAUAAACGCACACAGCUCAUACGCGACAAAAUGGUGUUGGCCGAGCGCAACACCAGCGACGUGGUGCGCAAUGGAAAUGGCCGGCGCUCACGUGGACCCAGCCCCAACACUCAUACGAGUGCUGGUGGCGGAGGCGGUGGUAAUACCACAAUAGGAAGCGGUAGCGGCGGUGGUGGCAACUCUGCAAAUGCCACUAAUGAAAAGGCCACAACAACCGCACUGGGUGCGGGCACACCAGAGAGCUCAGACGAUGAUAACUCAACAAAGCGUAAUGGAAAAUCCAAAGCCAAACAAUCUGAAUAUGAAGAAAAAAUACGUGUUGGACGCGAUUAUCAGGCAGUGUGUCCGCUGCUGGUGCCUGAAGUUGAACGCCGCCCGGAACUAAUGAAUGAACGCGCCCUACUUGUCUGGUCGCCCACCAAGGAGAUACCAGAUCCAAAGCUGGAGGAAUAUAUAUCGGUGGCGAAAGAAAAGUAUGGCUACAAUGGAGAACAGGCAUUGGGUAUGCUGUUCUGGCAUAAACAUGAUCUUGAGCGUGCUGUCAUGGAUUUGGCAAACUUUACACCCUUUCCCGAUGAGUGGACCAUUGAAGAUAAAGUGCUUUUUGAGCAGGCAUUUCAAUUUCAUGGCAAAAGUUUUCACCGCAUACGCCAGAUGUUGCCGGACAAGUCGAUAGCCAGCUUGGUGAAAUAUUAUUAUUCGUGGAAGAAGACGCGUCAUCGUAGCAGCGCCAUGGAUAGACAGGAGAAAAUGCUGAAAGCGGCUGUCAAAGAUGGCUCCGAGAAUGGCAGCGAGGUGGGCAGCAACGAGGAAUCUGAUAAUGAUGACAAGAAUUUAGUUCCUGCUGCUGUUUGUGACUGCGGUGGUAAUUACAAGUCCAAACCAAUUGCAUUGGCUAUGCAGAGGGCGAGCAACAACAGCAGCGCCACCAGCACCAGCAACAGCAACAAUGGUAAUGUCAGUGGCAAGUGCAAUUGCAAACAUGCUGGAAACAAUGGCAAUCAAACUGGCGACAGGAGCAGCAACCACAUUAAGAUCAGCAGCAAUACCAACACCAACACCAACAACAACAGCAGCAGCAGCAUCUUUGAUAUAGAAUCGGAUCAGUUAAGCAUCUUUAUCAACGAUGAUAUGCUGGGCUAUGGACUGCCCGGAUUUGGCAUACCCAUCGAUACUGAUAGCACCUACAAUGUCACCAACGGCAAUGGCAAUGGCAAUGGCAAUGGCAACGGGAAUGGCAACAACAACAACCAACGUGUUGUUGUGGGCGGCUUCUGCAAAAACUGCAAUGUUGUUUGCUACAUUCUGUUCGAUUCGCCGUUGGGUCGAAUGUGUAAAAGUUGUCACACCCAUUGGAGUCGCACUGGUAAUCGCCGUCCCAUCUCUGGACCGGAUAACAUAGUGUCCUCGAAACGCUCCUCUACGCUAAACAGCGGCGCUGCUGAUCGUUCUAAGCGUAAACCACCACGUGGCAUGUACAUAAAUCAUGAUGAUCUUUCCGCAUUGGCCGGCUGCCGUAAUCCACGCGAGUAUCUGGCCGAAGGCGAUAGGAAAAUUGCUGCCCUCAUGGCUGAAAUACAAAAGAAUAGGCAAGUGAUGGAGCUGCUGGACAAGGACUGCACUGACAUUGGACCGGAUGAGAGCGGCGCGAAGACAGCGGCCAGCACUGAGACAACAGCCGCUGCUGCACAGCCACGCAUUUCAGCACGUUGGUCAGCCGAUGAGAUACAGGUGGCCCAGCUAGCUCUGCGCAACUUUGGCAAAAACUUUGCGAUGAUAGCCAAGGUCUUGGGCACAAAGACGGAGGCGCAUGUGCGCACUUUCUAUGUUAGCAACCGACGUCGUUACAAUUUGGAUCAAAUUGUUAAGGAAUAUGAGGCUUUGGCGUCGAGCAAGUUGGAAGAAGCUAAUGCCGCAGAGCAGAGUGAUGGCGUUGCAACUGUUGCAGCAGCCACUACGGCCACUACAGCCACCAAUGUUGCGGAAGGCACCACCCAAGCCAACAAAGCUGCAGUCGAAGUAGUCGAAGUCGAAGCUCAAGCGACCAAGAAGGAUGAAAAUGCUGUGACAGUCAGCAGCAGCAGCAGCAGCAGUAUGAAGAAGAAACCUGUAUUAUUAAAUGCCACAGCUACUGCCAAGAGCAUUGAGAGCCCCGCAACUGCGCAUCCAGUGUCUACCGCUCGUGUCACAGCUACCAGCAAAUCAGAGGCGACUGCUGCUGCACCCACUAUCACCAUUGUGGAUGAAUCUGAUACGGCAAUGAGCUCUAGCAGCGAUGUGGUCAACAGCAGCAGCAUAGCGCCAGCUGCUGGUGCUGGCAACUCCACCUCGACCUCGAUCUCGACCUCAACGCUGUCGAGUAAUAGCAACAGCAACAGCAACAGCAACAGCGGCAGCAGCAGCAGCAGCAGCAGUGCACCCGCCAAAUCCACAACCAAUAAUCACACUGAAGCCGAUUGCGAAGAGGCUGCGUUGCCCACAUUAGCAACGUCUGCACCCAAACGCGACGCUAGUGAACUGAACACUGCCGAAUUGCCGCCUGCCAAAAAGGUUGCGCUCAAUGCUAGCGCCGAGUUCCUUGCUAAAUAAACAAUAGUCUGCGUUGCACAACGAUGGACAGUUGCAUGGAAGGAUGAAUUCAUGGAUGGAGAUGUGUUUUUGCCCAUCGGUUGUGGCGUGUGCUUGAAACCUUUUACUUUUUACAUUUACAUAGCAUAGUUACUCGCCUUAGCAUUGUAAGCGUCAUCGUCAAGCAGCCACACAACAAGUCGGAGAAAGUGAAGAAUGGUGAAAGCGAGUGAGAGAGAGAGAUAUAUAGAAGGAGAGAGCGAGAGAGGAGAAGGAGAGAGAUUGGGUGACAACAAGCGGCUGACAGUCACUUGUCCUCACUGGCUCGUUUAGUUAGUGGAUUUUUGUUGUUGUUGUUAAUUUCGCCCUUUUCAAAAUUUUUCAUACACAGCCAUUAAUUGUCGUGUCUCUUUAUUCACUUGGGCCGCAUUUAAAAGCAUGAUAAAUGGUUAAAUUAGUUAAAUAAUAGUUUGAUAGCAUCACAAAACAAAACAAAACACACACACACAACAUGUAAGUUGUGUGCUAAUCUAGACCUGAACGCAACUGCGUAGUUUCAAUAAGAUUAUGCAAAUAUGUACUUUCUUUUUUUUAUUUCGUUAAAAAUAUAUAUAUACCUAUGUGUGUAUGUGUUGUAAUUUGCAUGUCAAUAGACUUGAUUAUGUAUGCAUCUGUGCAGUUGAGCGCAUGCAUACUGACUACACAUACUCACAAAAAGAGAGACAUGCAUACAAAUAUACAUACAUAUAACAA